AUGGCGCAUCAAACCGCAGAGACAGGCUCAGUGCCUGGAACUAUCCACCUUGUCGAUCUUGAACACACACUGCAUGCCCGCCAUGCUGGGCAGGGCGAUAUCGUGCUCGACCCUAGCCCCUCUAGUGACCCGGAUGACCCUCUCAAUUGGUCGCCACGUAGGAAGGUCAUGUCAACCAUUUCAUCCAACCUCUAUACAUGGUUCACCGGAGUUGCCGUCUCUACAGUCUACUCAGUGCUGGUGCCACUUUCCGCAGCAUCAGGGGUUUCGACCAAAACACUCAACGAAGGCACUGGCUAUAUGUUUCUCUUCCUCGGCUGGGGCCUGCUUUUCUGGCAACCCUUUGCUCUACGAUACGGCAAGCGUCUCACCUAUCUCAUCUCGGUCCUCGGCGCCAUCGGAACCAGCAUCUGGAGCGCUUACGUGAAGAGCAACGGCGAGUGGAUCGCCAAGUGUAUUGUCCAAGGCUUCAUGAUUGCUCCCGUUGAGGCGUUGCCUGAGAUCUCGGUGACGGACGUCUAUUUUACCCACCAACGCGGCACAUACAUGGGGAUCUACUCAUUCACUCUGGCCGGCAGCAAUUACUUCACGCCCGUCAUCUGCGGCUUUAUCGCAGAUCGACAAGGGUGGCGGUGGGUGUUCUACUGGCCAGCCAUAUUCUGUGCCUUUCUCUUCGUUUUCCUGUUCUUCUUCAUGGAAGAGACCAACUACAACCGCAAGACGACAGGCAUUGUCACCGAGACAGAGAGCCCUCCUCCUGAAAGCCUUGAGGGAGACCAAGAAAAGAAGUUGACCAAGGCUAGCACAACGUUGUCCACACAAGCCGGUACCGCACAUCCUCCACCCAAAACCUACGUACAGAAGCUGUCUAUCUGGCAGCCCCAUCCCGGUCAAAACAUGCUGCCUCGCGCGAUCCGCAGCUUGAAGUACCUUUCCUGGCCUGUCAUCUUCUAUGCUGGCUUCUCCUACGGCUCGUACCUGAUCUGGUUCAACGUCCUCAAUGCAACAGCUUCGAUCAUCCUCGGUGGGCCGCCGUAUAACUUCAGCUCAUCGAUGGUGGGCCUCAGCUACUUAUCGUGCUGUAUAGGCGUCAUCAUCGGAUCUCUUGUCUCGGGAAACAUGAGCGACUGGCUGACAAUCAAACUCGCCCGCCGCAACAAGGGUGUGAUGGAGGCUGAGCAGCGAUUGUGGCCUUUCAUUCUUUGCGUAAUCGCCGUUCCGUCCGCGCUGAUUCUCUGGGGCGUCGGAGCUGCGCAGGAAGUGCAUUGGUUCGGGCUCAUCUUCGCAAUGGGCGCACUGGCAUUCACCUCGGCAAUGGGGAUCACCUUGAGCGUCAAUUACCUUAUUGACAGCUAUCACGACAUCUCUGGCGAUGCCAUUGUCACCGUCAUUCUCGUCCGCAACACGAUGAGUUUCGCAAUCUCCUACGGCAUUACUCCGUGGCUCACCACCCUCGGCUAUCAGAAUUGCUUCAUCUCAGCCGCGUUCGUGGGUAUGGCUGCUUCUUCGGUCUUCCUGAUCAUGAUCAAGUUUGGCAAGGGUUUCCGCGUCAAGAGUGCUGCAAGGUAUUGGAGCUUGGUAAGCCAAGAUCAGGCGAAGUCAGGGGAGUAG